GAUUAUUAUUCAUCGGUUUGUUCUUCUUUUUUUACGUGUCAUGAAAAUCCAAUAAAUCUGUUUGAGCCAAUGAUUUGAUUCAUGUAUCUUACAAAUUUUUUAAUGUAUGUUGUUUAUAUAGAGAUGGAGUACAAGAUUCAAAAAUGAAGUAAUGAAAAAAGAAAGGCAGAAGAAGAACAAACACAUACCAGCAAUUUAAAGUCACAUAAAACAUAUGGUGUUGCUUGCAUUGAAGUCUUAUCGAAAGAUUACUUUCAUGUGUAUAUGAAAGAGUUGGAAGAAAUUCUGAACAGUGGAUUCACAAAUAAUUCUCUAUCUCUAAUGAUUUUCUUUUAAAAUAAUUUUUUUUAAAAUUGUUUAACUGGAAUUGAUAACUAUUAAGAUUGGAUAAUUUGGUAAAUUUAUAUAUAGAUAAGUGUAUUUUUCAAAAAGCUUAAACAAGGGUGUAUUUUUCAAAUUAUAUUCUUUUGCAUUUAUCCAAAUUUUCCCUUUUAUUUUAUAUAAAACGAUGCAAUCAAUUAUAUGUUGACUCAUAUAUAGUUCAAUUUUUGUUCAGAGAAUAUCUCAAAAGUUCUCAUUGGAUAUAUUCUACAAACAAAAAAUAUUCUCUUUCAUUCUUUUUCAUUUUAUUUACUUUUUGAGAUAUCUUCACAAUUUUACCAUUGGAAUUAAUUUAUCUUAUAAAUACAACCUCAAUUACUUUGAUUAGCUCUAGUAGCAAAAAGACAAUCAAUCGCACAGCGUUACGGGUGACGACGAAGUCGAUUCGUUCGUGGUAGUCAGAUUCCACCCCUUGGGCAAAAUCACGGUUAGUUCGUGUUCUUCUUCUUUGCCGUCUUCUUUUACCGUUGGUUUCGUUCUAAAUAACCACAUCAGAAAACAUGGAAAACAUCGAAAACCUUAGCUCCUUAUUAUUAUGUAUUCAACCGAAUGUUUGAUGUAUGUUAUAAUUAGUUUGAUCUGGUUAUGGAGCUUUAAAAACCUCUCUUCACUUGUUAGAGAUUUUUUUUAUUACGUUAGGUUAGUUAAGUCAAACUAAUACUCUCUCUGAAACUUGUAUUUUCAAUAUUUUGUUAUGCAGAAUAGUUUUGUUUAGAUCGAAAAAACAUGGUUCGUAAACUGAAAGCGAGUCAGGCUUGUCCCACGUUGACAAAAGAUGCGAUAAGCCAAUUACCUAAUGAUUUGACAUGCCAGAUACUUUCUCUUCUCUCCACAAAGGAAGCUGUUAAGACUAGUGUUUUGUCUACUAGAUGGAGACAUCUUUGGCUUUCGCUUCCUUGUUUGGAGUUAAAAUCCAGGGAGUUUUUAGAUCUCAAAAACUUUACGAGUUUCGGCGACAGAUUCUUCGAUUCCACUAGGGUUUCAUGCAUACAGGAAGUCAAGUUAACGAUUCAUAAAAAAGACGUUAGUGAUGGUUAUUUUCUCACGUCAUGGUUUGAUGCAGCGGUUAAGCGUAAGAUCCAACAUCUACAUGUUGGUUCUUACUCUUACGCAGACCGUAGAUUUAACAAGAUGCCGCAGAGAGUUUAUAACUGUGAGACACUGGUAUGCUUAAAGCUCUUUCAGGUGACCUUGUCUGAUGCUGAGUUUGUUUCCUUACCUAGCCUGAAGACUAUGCAUUUAGAAUAUAUCGAGUUUCCUAAUGAGGCAACUUUUGAGACGCUUGUCUUAUGCUCCCCCGUGCUGGAAUGUUUAAAGAUUGUCGUGGCUAGUGACGAUGAAAAAGUAUUUCGGGUGCACUCUCGGUCAUUGAAGAGGCUCACUUUCGAACGAGUUUCUCCUUUCCUGUUUGAUUCAGCAGGAGUUGUUAUUGAUGCUCCUCGUCUAUGCUUUUUGAGCAUCAACGAUAACAUAUCAAAAAGUGUCAUAAUACACAAAUUGGAGUCCAACGCCGUCUUACAAAUGUCUCUCCUCGGUAUCGUCUGUUUGGAAGAAUUUGAUGAUGAGUUUUUCGACGAUAUUUAUGAAGUAAUCGUUUCAUCGAAGAUAAGUAACAUCCACAAGUUUCUUCAUGGGAUCUCGAUGGCUAGGAGUAUGAAAAUAUGUAGAGGCACCUUAAAGAUUAUGUGUCACUACUCGAAACUCGAACCGUUUCCUCAGUUUAGUAACAUGUCCUACCUGGAUAUCACUCUUUAUCCACGCGAUUUUAAAUGGUUACCAGCCUUUCUUGAGAGCUUCCCAAACUUGAAGUACCUCGCCUUGGUAUGCGAUGACAGAAAAGGUGGUUUUAGUGAGGACAUUGAUCAAGUGAGUUUCUCAUCUGUGCCUGAGUGUUUGCUAUCGUCUCUUGAGUUUGUUGAGUUGAUAGCACCAGUCCAGUAUGAUGUUGAAUUGAAGCUGGUAAAGUACUUGUUAAAGAAUUCGGCUGUCCUCGAGAAACUCAUUCUACGUUUGGCUUCUUAUAAUUCAAGAAGAGACUAUAUGUUGAAGAAACUACUCAAAAUACCAAGAGUCUCUACCAAAUGUAAAGUCGUCAUCCUCUGAUUUGUAGUGAGAGUAUCGUGAGGUUUGUCUCUGACAUGUUAAAAGGUUGCAAGGCUUUUAUUUGAAAAAAACAUGGAUGAAAAUGAAACGGUUUUAUGGAUGUGCGUAUCAGUUUUAUGGCAACGGUUUUUGCUCGUACGGGUUUCUGGAUAUCCCAGGGUCCAUUCUUUUUGCAUUGAUCUGAAAUAUCAAAUUGAAAAACUUGGACUAGAUUAACCGGAUCUCUGCUAAAAUAUAAAAGGGAAAAUUGUCGAACAAACUCUAACUCAAAAAGGGACUUUCAUACUUUCAUCUAAAUAUAUAUAAAUAUCAAACUUAGUUGAUAAAACCAUUUUAGCUACAUGGUUAUUUUUUAAUUUUUUUGAAACAUGCUACAUGGUUAUUCAACCAUCAAUAAGACACCUAAAGAACAUUUGCCAAACAAAUUUCUUUUGUAUGACAAAGCUUUAUGAGUUCUUUUCUUUUGUAUUUGUAAUUUCUAUUUCACUAGACGCAUGAGUUCUAAUUUAUUCUGGUUUUGAGAUUGCUUGAUUACAUAGAGAAGAAUACUUUGUAGGUUGUAUAUGUGGAAUACUUUGUAGGUUGUAGGAAAAAAAAGAGGAAGACCAUCUAAAGAGAAGCAGCAACCAGCAAAGAAAGCUAGCAGUUCUGCUCCUAAGAUACCAAAACUCAAGAAAUGAGGUAAUGAUUUCGAUUCUGUUUUUUUUUUAAACACGUUAAGACAACAAUUACAUAUAUGAAACAGAGUAGUUUUGCUUAUACGAGUUGGGUAAUGUAAGGCCUUUGAUAAAUAGAUUUCAGGAUCUCUAGGAAGACACUAAACAUGGCCUGGUUACUACUUCCUUCUUCACAGUUAUGUAUAAACUCUCAUUAGAAAAUAUAAAUAGAAUAAUGAUGAUUCAUGUUGUACAUGAUUGCCUUUAAGCAGUUAUGCUGAGGCCAAAAAACACAGAAAAAAAAGAUAUCAAACAUCAAGACUGAAGAAGAAGAAGAAGUAGAAGCAAGUUCCUUACUCUGUUUCACGUAAAUGCGAAAGCAUUAAGAUCAAGAACAGAGCAGUAAAAUUAUAGUCUCUUAACUUUACUAAAGUACCCCCCGUUUCCCCUGUAAACAUAAUUAUCUACUUAUCUGCUUCAGAGGUAAAAUCGCCACUUUAACAAAAGUGGAGAGGGGCA